GGCAGAGCGUUGCGCGAUUUGAACCUUCGCUCUUCCCGUACCCACCUAGAACACUCUGAAGGAAGCGCUAAAAUGGCGGCGGGAGGGGAAGUUUUGGGUGGAAGUGGCGGAUGACCUUCAGUAGUGACUGAUAAUUAUAAAUGAAACAAGGCUGUUUUGCAUCAUAUUUCUUGGAUGAAAUUCAAACAUUUAUGUUCUGUAAAGUGGGUAUAAUCCCUUCCAAUCUGCUUACAUGUGUAGAUCAUUGCGUUACUGUGUAAGCCAUUGUCUGUAUGCAGCAAUGACAAGUCUGGAAGAAGCAAAUCGCGAAGUGAACAUGCAUUCCUCUGUCCGCUACCUUGGCUAUUUGGCCAGAAUGAAUUUAUUGGCAGCAAUAUGUAUGGGUCUUUAUGUCAGGUGGGAAAAAACUGCAGAUGCACUAAUACUCAUAAUUUUUAUCCUUGGAUUAUUUGUUCUUGGAAUUGCAAGUAUACUUUAUUACUAUUUUUCAAUGGAAGCAGCAAGUUUAAGUCUCUCUAAUCUUUGGUUUGGAUUUUUACUUGGCCUUCUUUGUUUCCUGGAUAAUAAUUCUUUUAAAAAUGAUGUAAAGGAAGAAGCAACAAAAUAUUUACUUCUUUCUUCCAUAAUUAUAAGAAUAUUAUAUGCUUUGGUGCAGAGAAUAUGUGGCUGUGUUCAUCAACGGCCCAUUUUACUAACAACAGUUGAAGUACUUGAGCUGGUUGGAUUUGCAAUUGCCAGUACAACUAUGCUGGUGGAGAAAUCCAUGAGUAUUAUUCUAUUGAUUGUAGCUUUAGCAAUGCUGAUUAUUGAUUUGAGGAUGAAAUCAUUUUUGGCAAUUCCAAAUUUAGUAAUUUUUGGAGUCCUUGCCUCUUUGUUAUUUUUUCCAUCCUUGCAUAUACCAACAAAUCCAUUUCCCUUGGGAUAUUUUUUUAGUUGCCUAAUAGCUGAUCCCCUGCUUGAUGUUUACUUCAGUGGACUUUCAGUUACAGAACGUUGGAAACCUUAUUUAUAUCGUGGUCGAAUUUGCCGAAGAUUCUCAGUCAUUUUUGUUGGACUUAUUGAACUGAUUUUUUUCAUCCUCUCAGCACUUAAACUAGGUGAUUUGGAUCUCUGGUACUUUGUAAUACCAGGCUUUUCCAUUUUUGGCAUUUUCUGGAUCAUCUGUCACAUCAUUUUUCUUAUAACUCUCUGGGGAUUUCAUACAAAACUUAAUGACUGUCACAAAAUAUAUUAUACACACAGAGCAGAGAACAAUAGCCUUGACAGAGUAAUGGCAUCUAAAGGAAUGCGCCAUUUUUGUUUAAUUUCAGAGCAACUUGUCUUUUUCAGCCUUCUUGCAACAGCAGUUUUGGGUACAGUAUGUUGGCAGAAAUCCAAUGGAAUCUUCAUGAGUGUUUUUUUAAUUGUCUUAUCCCUUGAAUCUAUGGCUCAUGGAUUGUUUCAUGAACUAGGAAGUUGUUUGGGAGGCACAUGUGUUGGCUAUGCAGUUGUGAUCCCUACCAAUUUUUGCAGUCCUGAUGGCCAACCAACAUUGCUUCCACCUGAGCAUGUGCAAGAGCUAAAUUUGAGGUCAACAGGCAUGCUUAAUGCUAUCCAAAGGUUUUUUGUAUAUCAUAUGAUUGAGACCUAUGGCUGUGAUUAUUCCACAAGCGGACUUUCAUUUGACACAUUACAUUCUAAACUAAAGUCAUUUCUUGAACUUCGGACAUCAGAUGGACCUAGGCAUGAUACUUAUAUAUUAUACUAUAGUGGACAUUCUCACAGCUCUGGGGAAUGGGCACUAGCAGGUGGAGAUUCAUUACAGCUUGACACGCUUUUAGACUGGUGGAGAGACAAGAAUGGCUCCUUUUGUUCACGGCUUAUUAUAGUUUUAGACUGUGAGAAUGCUCAGCCUUGGGUUAAAGAAGUCAGAAAAGUCAGUGACUUGUAUAUCGCAGUGCAAGGAGCAGAAUUGGCUAAAGUAGUAGACAUAGAAGAAUCAGACCCUCCCCAUCUUGGUGAUUUCACCCAAGAUUGGGUUGAAUACAAUUGUAAUUCUAAUCACAAUAUCAGCUGGUUUGAAAAGGGGCGUACUGUGAAAGCUGUGUAUGGAGUGUCAAAAGGAUGGAGUGACUACACUUUACAUUUGCCAACUGAAAAUGAUGUUGCCAAGCACUGGAUGGUGUAUUUUCCCCACAUCACAUACCCAUUGGUUCAUCUUGCAAGCUGGUUCUGUGGGCUUAAUCUCUUCUGGAUUUGCAAAUUUUGUUUUAGGUGCUUAAAACGAUUAAAAAUGAGUUGGUUUCUUCCUACAGUAUUGGAUACAGGACAAGGCUUUAAACUCAUCAGAUCUUAACCUAAGAACCAGAAAUGAGAACUCUUAAAACUUGAAACAGGAUUGACUUAUAAUUUUUUAUUUCUUACAUUUUACUUUUUGAAGAUAUGUUGUUACCCAUGUAGCCAUAUUCCUUUUUGUAUUUUCUUGAGCAAAUGCAAGAUUUCAGAAAAAUAAGAAACUCCAUUUGAAAACAAAAACAGCAUAGAUGUUAAGUGAAAUUUGUAACCAAAUUGGAUUUGAAUUCCAUAAGAGCCAUUAAAUGUGACCAUAGAUUUGAGAGACAGCUUUGUGUGCUUUUUUGCAUUGCAGCUGUCUGAUACAAAUUUGUCAAAUUUCACACUUACUAAACACUGUUCUAAACAUUCCAUAGGACAAAUAUAUCUGUUUCAAUCCUAGGUCAUUGGAAGAGAGAUUAUUGAAUAGUGAUAACCUUUUGUUUUGAAGGGCUUCAAAACAUAAAGCAGCAAAGAACUAAAAUAAAUCAAGUUAUGCCAGCUAGAUAGCUGUAAUUUAAUUCAGGUUGGCACUUUAAUUCAUGUUGAAAUGAACUAAAGUGAAUGUUACAUUUUUCCAUGAAAUGUUCAUGUGCAUGUACAUAGGAGUUCUAUCCUAAGCCUAGACAAACAUACAUGGGAGUAAGUAUUACUGGAGCUUAUUCUUAGGAUUAGAAGCAUAAUGUUUUGUCUUUGAAAUGAUGCUGAAAUUAAUUUUUGAAUAUUUCAAGCCUUAAUUAACACAUCAUAAAUAAACUCAGCAAAGCUAAACUCAG